CAAACGAGCAGUUCCCUCAGACUUUGUCAAUCUACGACGGCCAGCGCCGUGAGAGAGAGGCACUUUCAUGGCGAUUUCGAGUUCUCUAUCCCAUCUACGGCCAAUCGAUGCUACAUCCACCUACUAGUCCUACUUGUCGGUAACUCAUCCCUCUCUUCGUUGGAAACCCUAAUUUGUAGUUAACACACGACUCGAUCGCCUCUCAGAAGCUCUGCCGGCUUGCCAUGCGACUCUGGUUCUCCUCCAACCCCCUCUCGAGAGAGGACACCUCGUUGGAUCAAGAUCAACACUGUUGCGCUUCGUUUCAAGCCGGUUAUUGUAGGUUCGCCGAUGGCCGCCGAGACUCACUACCCUAGCUCCAAGGUCGUCCUCUGCAAUGCCGGUGCCGGUGCCGCCGCUGGAGUUAUUGCUGCGACGUUUGUGUGCCCUUUAGAUGUUAUCAAGACUAGGUUUCAGGUUCAUGGGCUUUCCGCCCUUAGUGGUGGUGCUGUUAAAGGUAGUAUCAUAGUUGGGAGUUUGGAACGAAUAUUCCAAAAGGAGGGAUUGCGUGGUAUGUACCGUGGUCUCACACCCACUGUGCUGGCAUUACUUCCAAACUGGGCGGUUUAUUUUACAAUUUAUGAGCAGCUCAAAAGCUUUCUUGAUGAUGGAAAUCAUCAACUUUCAAUAGGGGCUAAUAUGAUAGCUGCUUCUGGUGCGGGAGCUGCAACAACCAUUGCUACAAAUCCCCUUUGGGUUGUGAAGACAAGACUUCAGACUCAGGGAAUGAGAGCGGGUGUGGUGCCAUACAGAGGUACACUGUCUGCUUUAAGGAGAAUAGCGCAUGAAGAGGGUAUUCGUGGAUUAUACAGUGGUCUUGUGCCUGCAUUGGCCGGUAUCAGUCAUGUUGCCAUUCAGUUUCCAACAUAUGAGAAAAUUAAAGUCUAUUUGGCUGACCAAGGUAACACUACAACGGAUAAGCUUGGUGCACGUGAUGUUGCUGUUGCUUCCUCAGUUUCCAAAAUAUUUGCAUCUACAUUAACAUAUCCACAUGAGGUAGUACGCUCUAGACUACAGGAACAAGGGCACCACUCUGAAAAACGAUAUUCGGGUCUCAUCGAUUGCAUUAACAAAGUAUUUCAACAAGAGGGCAUCCCUGGUUUUUAUCGUGGGUGUGCCACCAACCUGUUGAGGACUACACCAGCAGCUGUUAUUACAUUCACCAGCUUUGAGAUGAUUCAUCGGUUUCUUGUUACCUUGUGUCCUCCUGAGCGGCCUCACACAUUGUGAGAGUGGAUAUUAUUCAGCUAAAGAAUGUAGAGUAGUUAAUCCAGUUUCUAAAUCAGUGCCAGCCUUCAACAAGCCAUUCAAAUCAGGUCCUCUUAUAUAUUGUGCUUGAGUUGGUGACAAUUCCCCUAAUCGGUUGUCCAUUUUUAUGGUAUUGGUAGCUUUUUUAGCAACAUAUUAGCAAAACUGCCUCAUUGAAAUUAGGGAAUGACAGCCCUCAGUAGGGAAGAUGAGGAGAAAUUGAAAAUGUUACACUGUUGGUGAUAAUGACGACAAGAGUGAACUUAUGCAAUAAAGAACUGUUACUAUUUAUUAA